AUGACCAAUUCCAAAGCCAGAUAUGUCUUAGAGCCAGUGCAGGUCACUGGCACAACUUUUGCCCUCAACGGUACCACACUCUCCUACCAGUUCCACGUCGAUGAGCCCUCCGCCGACUUGCGGUCCGACCAUUUCGGCGGCUCAAUCAGCGGCCCUAUCCCCGUCGAUCCUGAGCCCAUCGUUGAUGGGUGGACAGGGAUGCCAGACCGCGUACGGCGCGAGUUCCCUGAUCAAGGCAGAGGAGACUUUCGGGUACCUGCGUUUAGGAUCCGGCAGGCUGAAGGGCAUACAGUCUCGGCGUUUCGGUAUCGGGAGCAUGAAAUCGUUCCAGGAAAGGAAGUCUCUGCGUCUGGACUACCAGGGGUCUUUGGGGAUGCUCAUGAUGCGACCACGCUAAUUGUACGGUUGGUUGAUCCAUAUAGCGACUUGGCCGCGGAGUUGAAGUAUACGGUCUUUCCGAAGUAUGAUACCGUGGUACGCAGUGCAAGUAUCACGAAUAAGAGCAAUAGUGACGUAACAAUCGAGUCGCUUGCAAGUCUCAGUGUUGAUUUUCCUUUUGACGAACUCGAGAUGAUCGGACUACGAGGCGACUGGGCGAGAGAGGCUCAUCGUCUGCGGCGCAAGGUGGACUACGGGGUACAGAGUUUUGGCAGCACAACCGGAUUCUCCUCGCAUCUGCAUAACCCGUUCGUCGCUCUUGUGCACCCGUCCACCACCGAAUCACAAGGUGAAGCAUGGGGGUUCUCGCUCAUCUACAGCGGAUCUUUCACUAUCAAUGUCGAGAAAUCCUCGCAAGGGCUGACGCGCGUCUCCAUCGGACCGAGCCAACUGUCUUGGACUCUCAAACCUGGUGAGACAUUUGACUCGCCCGAGUGUGUUGCUGUCUACUCCAGCACUGGGAUUGGAGGGAUGUCCCGUUCUCUCCAUGGGCUGUAUCGGAAACACCUAAUGAAGAGCAAGUUCGCGACCGAAGACCGCCCCGUGCUCUUGAAUAGCUGGGAGGGGCUGUAUUUUCAUAUCGACCAGGACCGGAUGUACCGUCUCGCACAGGAGGCGGCGGCGUUGGGCGUCAAGCUGCUCGUCAUGGAUGACGGCUGGUUUGGGGACGAGCAUCCGCGGACCUCUGAUGAUGCCGGCUUGGGCGAUUGGAUCCCCAAUCCGGCCAGAUUCCCUGACGGGCUGACGCCGUUAGUGAACAGGAUCACUGCGUUAAAGGUCGCGAAUUCGCAGAGAAACAUGCGCUUCGGGAUCUGGGUUGAGCCAGAGAUGGUCAACCCUCGAUCCACGCUCUACCAGCAACACCCCGACUGGGUUCUUCAUGCUGGCAAUUAUCCACGCACUGAGCAGCGCAAUCAGCUUGUGCUCAAUAUGAGUCUGCCGGAGGUGCAGGAGUUCAUUAUCAGCGCGAUGUCGGAGAUCCUAAACGCCGCUGACAUUACAUAUGUCAAGUGGGACCACAACCGCGGCCUCGCAGAGACACCAUCUCCAUGCGCAAACCACGCCUAUAUGCUAGGCGCCUACCGCGUGUUUGAUGUCCUCACCACCCGCUUUCCUAAUGUCAUCUGGGAGGGCUGCGCAUCGGGCGGGGGCCGCUUCGACCCAGGAAUCCUGCAGUACUUCCCACAAGUAUGGACAUCCGACGACAGCGACGCGGUCGAGCGGAUCUUCAUCCAGUUCGGUACCUCUCUUGCAUACCCGGCCAGCGCAAUGGGGGGGCAUAUAUCGUCCGUGCCAAAUCACCAGACCGGCCGCACCACACCGCUGACCUUCCGCGCCCACGUCGCCAUGAUGUGCGGCUCCUUCGGCCUAGAACUCGACCCAGCCCACUUGACCGAUUCCGAAAGAAGAGACAUUCCCGGCUUGAUUGCUUUAGCGGAAAAGAUCAGCCCGAUUGUGGUUAAGGGCGACUUGUGGCGGUUAGCUUUACCGGAGGAUUCGAACUGGCCAGCGGCGCUGUUCCUUUCCGAGAACCGGACACAGGGCGUGUUGUUCUUCUUCCAAUUGGCGCCAAUGGUCAACCAUUCCUUGCCACGGGUGAGAUUGCAGGGUUUAGAGGACGGGGCGCUGUAUCGGGUUGAUGGAGAGGGGCCGUAUUCCGGGUCGAUGCUGAUGAAUCUGGGGUUGCAGUAUUCGUUCAGGGGUGAUUAUGGUAGUAGACUUGCCUUCAUAGAGAGAGAGUAA